AUGGCUUUUCUUUACAUCCUCGUUCUGGCCUUUGUGUCUGCCGUGAACGCCGCAGCCCUCUCCGCCAACUAUCCCAUCAACGCACAGCUCCCACCUGUUGCGCGAGUCUCGCAACCGUUCCGUUUCGAAUUCGCCGAGGGUACCUUCGCCCACAGCGACAAGGACACCAAGUAUUCGCUCUCAGAUGCCCCGUCAUGGCUUUCGGUCGACAGCCGCAGCCGCACGCUGGAGGGAACGCCGCGCUCGGAUGAUACAGGCUCGAAGAAAUUCAAGCUUGUGGCGUCCAAUGGAUCAGAAACGGACAGCAUGGACGUGACCCUGAUUGUGACGGCAGAUCAAGGCCCAACAGCAGGGACACCGCUGGUAUCGCAACUACAAGCUCUAGGACCUGUUUCGUAUCCCGCGACUCUGUUCCUGCAGCCCGGUCGUUCCUUUGCGAUUCCUUUCGACGCCGAUACUUUCCAUAAUACGCACCCGGCUACGAUCUACUACGGAACAUCGCCUAACAACGCCCCCUUGCCAUCGUGGAUGAGCUUUGAUCCUGCCACGCUCAAGUUUUCUGGAAACACCCCGUCGUUUCCCGGAUCCGGACCUGAGGUUUUUACCUUUCAGCUUGUUGCGUCGGACGUGGCUGGAUAUAGUGCCGUCAACUCCACUUUCCAGCUGGUGAUCGCUCCGCACAUUCUGGCCUUCAACGAGACCGUCCAGACCUUCAACCUCACCAGAGGGGACAAGUUCAGCAGUCCAGAAUUCGCUAAUCUCCUCUCCAUGGAUGGCUCGCCUAUUCAUACGAGGGAUCUAAACAACGUGGACGCUGACUUGCCGGACUGGUUGACUUUGGACGAUGACACCCUUUCGAUCAGCGGUACUCCCCCGAAGAAUGCCGUGAAUCAGAAUAUCACCAUUUCGGCCACGGAUGCAUACUCGGAUGAAGCCAAGCUGAUGGUGCGUCUUCAGUUCAAUGAACUGUUUCUCGAGACUGUCCAGGGCUGUGAGGCGACCAUUGGCGAGGACUUUAGUUUCGUAUUCAACCAGUCCAUUGUGACUGACGACUCCGUGCAACUUGACGUCGACUUGAGCGAUGACCUGAGUUCGUGGCUCAAGUACUUCUCCGACAACAAGACGCUUUUUGGACAUGUUCCCCCGGAUAUGGAUGCGCAAAAGUUCACUAUCCCCCUCAGGGCGUACCAAGGCUCUACCGAAAGCACGCAGGAUUUUGAACUUGAUGUCCUCGAGCCGUCUGAUACACACAAUGCCUCUUCAGAUCCGUUCUCCGGCUCCUCGAGUCCUGAACACAAGAAGGCUGGUAUCAUCGCUAUCUCGGUCGUUAUUCCCGUCGCCGUCGUUCUAAGUGCUAUUAUUCUGUUUUGCUGCUGGCGCCGUAGAAGAAAGGCCCCGAGCGCUGAGGAGGGUCCCUUCCAAGCCAAGUCUUCACCCCCUCCUCGUCCCAUGCGCCCAGAUAUGCCGAAUUGUCAACCCGGAAUGAACUACCGGCCUUCUCGUGACGACAACUCCGACGACUGGAUGAGCCCCAUCUCGCCUGCUUCAGACCUCCCCAAACUCGAGCUGGGCCCGGAAUGGAAUGUAGCGUCAUUCGAAAAGCACGAGGACUCGAUGAAUAUUCUUCCUGAGCCCAGUCCUCCGCCACGCUCUCCCAAGCGCCCUUUCGUCCCUCUCCGAGACCCCGUCGCUGCAGACAAGCAGGCCGAAAAGUCUCCCUCGAAGAAGCAGCAAAACCGAUUGUCGCUCUCGAACAGCCCAUCCUUGCGUCGUCGCACUAGUCAACGUUCUCGACGGGAACCUCUCAAAUCCAUCCAACCGCGAGCCACCAACAAGAAGCGCGAGUCCAUUCAGUCAUCUCGUUCCAAGCGAUACUCCAAGCGAUCCAGCGGCAUCUCCUCUGUAGCCACCGGCCUGCCAUUCCGCAUGAGCGGUGCCGGACACGGUGCAGGCGGAUACGGACCCCCAGGCCACGGCCUAGUCCGCAUGUCAUGGCAAAACACCGGCAAAUUCUCCAUCAUGAGCGACGAGAGCAGCCUCACCAACAUGACGCCCUUGUUUCCACGCCCCCCAGCCGCCGGACGGAUGCGCCACAGCCUGGCAUCCAGUAUCCCCGAAAAGCGAGUAACACUCCGAACCGUAGAGCCCGACGAAUCGACCAUCUCCGAAGCCGACUCAAUCGAAGCCUUUGUGCAAAACCGCGCCAAACACCGCAACUCCUCCAACCCUCUCUUCUCCGCGCAAAUCAGCCGGCGCACAUCUUCCGGCCUGCGAGCUCUUGAACGAGCCCGCAGUAUCCGCAGCCGUGCGGACACCGUCUCCGUAUCUACCUUCAGCGACGAAUACCGACAAUCCAUCCAAGGACGCCCCUACUCGACCGCCAUGUCGGUCUCCGAAUACGGGGAUGAGGGUACCCGGUUCUCGCAAUAUCAGACGCUCCAACCCCCGCCCAACCUCUUCCCUCUCGCUGAGGGUGGCGGCAAGAGCCAAAGCCAAUUGAGUCUCGCGCAAGAUUACCGCAACGUCGUCUCUCCCCUGCCUCGAUUCUGGAGCGAAACCAGUCUCAGUAGUGCGCGUCGUCUGGAUUCGGGGAACCAUGCGAAGCCACAGCGCGCGGAACGACAGUCGGCUGUUCCGCCUAGCUCAUCGAUUAUCUCCGAUUUGGAAGAGCAUUUGUCGCGCAAGGUGCCGUCGAAAAAGAGCGAUGAUUCGCAAUCAUGGAGUACCGUGCCUCUGGAACCACCGCCUCCGAUCAAGGAUCCUAAUCGAGGACUGCCCGUUGCUAGCAGUGGGGAGAUUGCCUUUGUUUAG